UCGCAAAAGCUCGAUAUAGAAUGUAUUUGGGCAUUGCAAACCAAAUCGUCUAAUAAUUAACAAGAUGUUAACGGGAAUUUUCCAAACGUGAAUGAAGUUGAUGAAGAUACUGCCAUCAUUUUUAAAAUGAGAUGCAUUUCUCGAGGUAGUGGGGGCAUCAACAGCCACCAAUCAUUGAGUCAUUAUUGUAAUGACGUAAUCGCUCGCGAGUUAAAAAAUAUAUGCAACAGCAUGCUCGAUUAUACUUAAGAAGACUUUCGACGUUUUUGUUUGGAGCCUUGUCAAACAGUUCAGCGCGGAUAUUGACUACCAUACAACGGUAAAAUAAGUGGCGGGCUCACCUUCCCGUGCACCGUGGGAACAAUCGUUUGUAAAGAAGCCAGUCGAUCGGCGGAACGACACUGCUGCGAUGGUGUACAGAGCACUUCAAACAUACACACAGCGGAUCCGAAAGGUCUCCCGACAGCAUGACCGCGCAACUUCCAAACCGUCACCAAUCACAGUGCUGUGCAGCGAGUGGCUCUACUGGAUGUGCCACCAAUCAACCUCGGGGCAAUCGAGGCUCACCAGACUGGUCAACAUAUGCUACCAGAGCAAGUGGACAGUGCUGCUCAACGCGUACGGUAUUUUCACCUUCGUCACUUCAUCGGCUGGCGCAGAAACCUCGUCCGCGAGGCAGUUUAACUUUCGAAUCACUAUCACCAUCUGGUCUGGCCUAGCCGGUGUGCUUAUACAGCGCAAGAGGAAAAUGAUCUUCAGUAUUAUCCAAUUGGUGGCGGAUGUGGCUGACCGCGCGUACCGUCUCACCGACAAGCAAGGCAAGGCCGCGAUGGAAGUUUCUGCUGCGCAUAGCCGGGUCCACACCAAAGUGUUCCUCUGGUACGGCGGGGUUCUUCAAGUGGCAGCUGGCGGAGUUCUGCUCGUAGAGCGAAGCAAGUUUGCCGAAAUUCUUCUCACAGCUGCUUGCGGUCCGGAAGUAGCGGAAAGCAGCUGGUACACAGCGGCUGUAGCACUGGAUUACCUACAAAUACUCGUUAACGAGUAUAACGCGCACAUAGAUUGCACCGCCGUCUUUUUGUCGCUGUCCUGCAUUUCCAUGCUGACGCGGUCUAUACCUGCAGUACAGGCGGAGAUCAACCGCGGUGUUGAGAGAGGCCAUUGCCAGGAAUGGGCGCCGCUACAAAGUCAGCUAUCGCGCGCUGGCCGCGAACUUGAGGAGACGUUCUCCGAUCUUCUCCCGCAUGUUCUGAUCUCUGCGUAUUUCACACCGCUUCUCGCCGUAGUCGAGGUGAGCGCCCAAAAAGCACCCCCCACUAGGGCUCUCACUUACCCGGAGAACCGGAGAAUCGGGUUACCCAGGUACCCACCCGCCCGAGUAAUACCCGUCAAUGCGGGUAGAACCUGUUCCGGGUGGGUAGCACCUGCUGGUACCCUGGUACCCGGUUCCGCGGGUAAGGCCGGACUACCCUGGUCUGGUCCCGUACUUCCCUAAAAUAGUCGCGGUCCGCGGCUAUUUGCUUGUUUCAAACGGUGGUGCGUAGUGCCGACUUGUGAUUCCCGACGCAGCCUUCCAAAGUGUUCACUCAAUGGUAAUUUUUUUUCUGUUGUCAGAAGUUUUGACAAUGUGCAGGUAAUAA